AUGUCCCUCUGCCCACAGUUUGCUGGCUCGCUGGUUCUGGUUCGCUGCUGCUCUGGGACCGUGCUCUUCGUUCCGAGUCCAUGCGCUGCAGCAGCUGCUGCUGGAGGGAGGAGAGAGCGGCAGCAGGGGAGGAGGAGAGAGAGAAGGCGAGGGGGAUUGACGGAUUUGCCAUUGUCGCGGGCAGCAGCAGCAGCAGGAGGAGGAGGAGGAGUAUGAGGCGCGAGGUGCUGGAGCUUCAUCAUCGAUGCGGGAAGCUGGAGAGAGGGGCGGUAGCAGCUGCAGGUGGAAGCUGAGGAGGCUUACAGGUUCGGACGGGGUUGAAACCGAGGAAAUUCAGAGAGGCUGUGGGGUGGAAGGAGCGGAGGGGAGCUCGAGGAGGACGGAUUUGGGCCCCGAGUUGGGUGGGAAGUAGCGAUGCUGGAGGUGCAUCGAUGGCGGCAGAUAGAUUGGGCUCCUUCAGCUGUCGUGGCUUUGGCAACUAGCGUCGAUGGGACUGUAGUGGCUGCUGCUAGGGAAAAUGGGUCCAUUGAGCUUUGGAAUGUGGCGCCAGGGUCUGUUGGUUGGCAUUGCCAUUUGACUAUCCCAGGACGGGAGGAAGCAGCGAUUUCGUCCCUGGUAUGGUGCAAGUCUGGCGGGGAUCAAUCUACUCCCCUCGGAAGGCUCUUCUCUGCUGGUCUUGAUGGAUUCAUCACCGAAUGGAAUCUACAAACACUGCAACCCAAGGAAAUAUCUGAGUCCUAUGGAGGAUCAGUGUGGCAGUUGGCUGCAGAGCCUUUAGAAGCAUUGAAAAGGGCAGCAAUCUCCAGUAAUGGGGCAUUGCUUAAAAAGAAUAGCGAUGGAAGUGACAAUGACGAAGGAAGUUCAAGCGACAGUGAUAGCGAGGAGGAGGAAGAGGAAGGAUCAUCACAUCACGAUAUAGUUGAACAGAGAAUUGCUGUUGGUUGUGAUGACGGGUGCGUGAGGAUUUUUACGGUGGGUGACAACCAAGCUGGUAUGCUGUACCGAAGAGCGUUUCCUCGAGUUAAAGGCCGCAUUCUGAGCGUAACGUGGAGUCUUGAUGCUACAAGAGUAUAUGCCGGUGGAUCUGACGGAUGUAUACGCUGCUGGGACUCCAAAACUGUUCGAGAGUUGUUUAGAAUCACUGCAGGUAUUGGAGGGCGUGGUGCCGGCUCUGAACUUUGUGUUUGGUCUCUUCUGGCUCUGAGGAAUGGCACCAUAGUUAGUGGUGACAGCACGGGCAGCACGCAAUUUUGGGAAGGUGAGCAUGGAACGCUGCUUCAGGGGCACUCCAAACACAAUGCUGAUGUUUUGGCGUUAGCUGCGGCCCCCGCCCACAACGUCGUUUUCGCGGCUGGUGCUGAUGGUCAGGUGACGUUAUACCAACUCGUCGACGAAAGCAGUGGGAAAGACGCCAAUGGCACUCAUCCCACGUCUGAAAAGAAUAGUCUGAGGGUUAGAGACAGAUGGGUGUAUGUUGGAAAUAAGCGUAACCACACUCACGAUGUCAAGGCUCUGGCGCUUGCUUAUCCUGUGGUGCAGGAGGAAGGUCAGACUGAAAGGCCCGUGCAGAAAAGGCGCAGGAAAAGUCGCGCUCAAAUGAAGAAUGACUACAAGAAAUGGGCCCAACCAGGCAUACCGAUGCUGAUAUCUGGUGGCAACGAUUGCAAGUUGUUUACCUAUCCCGCUGAAGCCUUCCUCGCUUUCCACCCGCAUGAUAUAUGUCAUGCUCCACAGCGUCCACAGGUCCAGUUUGCAGGUGAUUUGAGUUCUUCUGGGUUGAGUGUACUUAUGGCUCAACACUCAACUUGGAUAGAUGUAUGGAAGAUGAAUACGAAUCGCAACGCUGUGACUGACAUGGAAUUGGGCUACGAAUUUGGGAAGGAGGUCUUAGGCAAGAGGAAGUUCAGGGAUGAGGCUAAUUAUGUUGUAGGAAAUCCAAUCAAAAUGAACGGCACUGGGGAGAAGAAACUUCCUGUUCAUCCCGCUAGCAAUGGGAGGUCCAGCCCAUACCCCUCUAAACAGGUUGCCUCAACCAAAGGUGUAGCCCCAGCACUGCUUGCCAGAAUAAAGUGUAAGACAGUUGAACACAUAGCUUGCAGCGCCAUAUCUGGUGAUGGGAAGUAUGUCGCAUUCUCUGAUCGACUGAAGCCAAGGCUCUUCCAGUUGGAACAACAACAGGUCGGGGCCUCCAAUUCCUUGAAAGCGAAGGGAAUCAUUGCCAAGAAGAAGUUGUCCCCAAGUCUUCCGGCAGCUCAGUGUAUGCUAUUUACCCCUGAUUCAACUCGACUGUUACUGGGAUCCACUCAGCAGAUUAUGGUCAUAAAUGUGGAGAAUGGAGAGGUACUGCAUUCUUUCAAAGUAGCCCCUCCCUCAGCCAGAGGUCCGAAAGGGUCUUUAUCACCCAUUAACUUUAUGUGCACAAGUGCGGACAGUCAAUGGCUCGCAGCGACAACGAGUUCUGGUUACAUCCAUAUUUUUAGUCUAGAAGCUUUGAGGCAUCAUUGGUCAGUACCCGUGAUGGACGGGACUGUGGCAACCUCAGCCAUUUUCAGACCCAGUAGUAGUAAUGUGCUGAUCAUUAGCACCGCCGGUAAUCAACUACAUGUCCUGGACGUUGAAGCCAAGGAAUUAACAAAGUGGUCGACAGCGAACGGUGAAGUUUUGUCCAUGCGUCUGCUGGAUUUUCCUGGAGGAAUUACUGGACUAUCGGUACCGCCGACUCCGGUCUCUACAACUGUGAUAGCCUACAGCUCCAGAGCUAUGGUCCAGAUUGAUUUCAGCAAGCCAGUAAAACUAUACUCACAUGAGCCGAAAGAGAAGAGUCAAGCUCAUGCUAACGGGAAUGGAGCUGCUCCUAAACAGAACGGCAGCUCCAGUGUUCAUACUGACAAUUUUGCAUACGUACCUUUUAAGGAUCCGGUUCUUUUUUUGGGGCACACCGCCCAGAGUUCAGUCCUCGUCGUAGAGAAGCCGUGGUUAGAAGUGCUGAGGCAAAUUCCAGCCCCUGUAUACAGGCAUUUGUACGGAACUUAAGCUUAUUGGCUUCUUUCGCCUGGUGCUUUCAGUGUAUGAUACAUUCUUUGUU